UAUUUAAUCCCGGCGACUGCAGCAGCGCCGGCUCCCUCCCGGUACCCGCCUCGGCCCCGGGCUUGGAAGCCGCUCCGGGGGCGCCCUUUUGGACAGCUACGCCGUCUACUCAGUGCCCCCGGCCCCAGUCCCCGGAGAUCCAGGCUCGCCAGCGCCCAGCCGGGGAGGCGGCCAGGAAGCGCGAUGGGGGCCCCUUCCGCCCUGCCCCUGCUCCUGCUCUUCGCCUGCUCCUGGGCACCCGGCGGGGCCAAUCUUUCCCAGGACGGCUACUGGCAGGAGCAGGAUUUGGAGCUGGGAACUCUGGCUCCACUGGACGAGGCCCUCAGCUCCACAGUCUGGAGCAGCCCUGACAUGCUGGCCAGUCAAGAUAGCCAGCCCUGGACUACUGAUGAAACAGUGGUGGCCGGUGGCACCGUGGUGCUCAAGUGUCAAGUGAAAGACCAUGAAGACUCGUCCCUACAGUGGUCUAAUCCUGCCCAGCAGACGCUCUACUUUGGGGAGAAGAGAGCUCUUCGAGAUAAUCGGAUUCAGCUGGUUAGAUCCACUCCCCACGAGCUCAGUAUCAGCAUCAGCAAUGUGGCGCUGGCAGACGAGGGCGAGUACACAUGCUCCAUCUUCACCAUGCCUGUGCGAACUGCCAAGUCCCUUGUCACUGUGCUAGGAAUCCCACAGAAGCCCAUAAUCACUGGUUAUAAGUCAUCCCUGCGGGAAAAAGAGACAGCCACUCUAAACUGUCAGUCUUCUGGGAGCAAGCCUGCAGCCCAGCUCACCUGGAGGAAAGGUGACCAAGAACUCCAUGGAGAACAAACACGAGUCCAGGAAGAUGUCAAUGGAAAAACCUUCACUGUGAGCAGCUCAGUGUCAUUCCAGGUUACGCGGGAAGAUGACGGAGCAAGCAUCGUGUGCUCUGUGAACCAUGAAUCUCUAAAGGGAGCUGACAGAGUCACCUCUCAGCGCAUUGAAGUUUUAUACACGCCGACAGCCUUGAUUAGACCAGAGCCUGCGCAUCCCCGGGAAGGCCAGAAGCUGUUGCUACACUGUGAGGGGCGUGGCAAUCCAGUUCCCCAGCAGUACCUGUGGGUAAAGGAAGGCAGCGAGCCACCCCUGAAGAUGACCCAAGAGAGGGCUCUCAUCUUCCCCUUCCUGAACAAGAGUGACAGUGGCACCUACGGCUGCACAGCCACCAGCAACAUGGGCAGCUACACAGCCUACUUCACCCUCAACGUCAAUGACCCUAGUCCGGUGCCCUCAUCCUCCAGUACCUACCAUGCCAUCAUCGGAGGGAUCGUGGCUUUCAUCGUCUUCCUGCUGCUUAUUCUACUUAUCUUCCUUGGACACUAUUUGAUCAGGCACAAAGGAACCUACCUGACACACGAAGCGAAGGGCUCCGACGAUGCUCCAGAUGCAGAUACGGCCAUCAUCAAUGCAGAAGGCGGGCAGUCAGGCGGGGAUGACAAGAAGGAGUACUUCAUCUAGGGGCACCCACUCACCUCCUGUGCCCCACAGGGGCCCCAUGGGGACUGCUGGGCUGUCACCAACCUGAACUUGUACAGAGCGACCCCAGGGCCGCCCCUCCCGCUUGCUCCCCAGCCCACCCAGCCCCCUGUACAGAAUGUCUGCUUUGGGUGCGGUUUUGUACUCGGUUUGGAAU